AUGGUUUCUGAGAGUACUGGACAAGGCCCUGCUGUGGUUGCAGAGGCUAAUCCCGCGUUCUGCGACCAAAUUCGAAAUAUCCCAUGGAUUGAUACAGCAUCAGUUGAAUAUGAGGCGAAGCGAAAGAUUUACCAGCGUGACAACGUUGCCACACCCCACGCUAUAGCUUGUCCCCGAAAUACAGAAGAUGUGGCAGCUUUGGUGCGGCACUCGAUCGAAGCCAAUAUACCUAUUACUGUUCGAUCUGGUGGGCAUGACUUGUUUGGCCGCUCCAUUGUCGAGUCCGCUCUGUGCAUUGACAUGCGUGCCAUCGACUUUGUAGAGAUUGCUCAAGACAAGAAGUCGGCCAGAAUCGGGGGUGGUAUACGCUUUGAAAAACUCGCCGAAGAGCUAAGUAAAGAGGGUCUUGUAUGCCCUUUUGGCACUGUCCCGAGUGUGGGGUUUGUCGGAUGGGCAAGUCUCGGAGGAUACGGAGCUUUGAGUGGGCAAUACGGACUAGGAGUCGAUCAGAUCAUUGGUGCGGAAGUUGUUAAUGCAAAUGCGGAGAUAAUCCAGGCGGACGAAGAGAUGCUGAAAGGCAUCAGGGGUGCUGGUGGUAACUUUGGCAUAGUAGCCGGACUUCGGAUUAAGGUCUAUGAGCUCAAAACUCUCCUUGCGGGGCUAAUCGUCCUAGAUCCCAGUACGAAAGGGGUGGCGGAAACGUUCGCAGACUUUCUCACUGGUCUCCAGUCGCUCAUGGCUUCAGGUCAAUGCCCAGCCGCGGCCGGACUCGACCCUGCCAUAGUCAAUCAUCCGCAGAGGGGCCAAACAGCUCUCGUCACUUUCGUGUGGUCGUCCCCUGACCACUCUGCAGGAAGGGCUUUCCUUGAAAAGCUGCUUACAUUAGCCCCUGUGGCCAUGCAGAAUGUUGGAGAAACCAGUAUGCCUGCCUGGUUGAAGACGCUUGAAGCAUUCUGUCCCUAUGGCAUCUUUGGUGGUGAUAGAGGUAUCAGUUUUAGAAAAUUGACUCCCAAAAUGCUGGCAAUACUUCGUCGCCAUAUGGAGAAUAUGCCCUCGGAUCCGGCAACUACUAUCGCUAUUCAUCCACUGAGCCGUACCAGUCCGUCCGCCACGGACCCCAACCUGAAGAGGGGCUCGUGUUUCAAUCCAGAGGCACGGCAGGAACAUUUCCUUCUAGAGCUCAUCGGUUCCACCCUCGAACAAAGUAACUCGCCAAAAUCACAGAAAUGGAUCAAGGACGCGUACAAUGAGCUCAAAGGAAGUGGAGAUGCCAUGGACGGGUCGUACAUUGCCCUUACACAUCCUGAGGAUAUGUGCUUGGAAAAGAUCUACGGGGCAGCAUGGGAGGACUUGUUAGCGUUGAAGAGAAGACUGGAUCCCAAGGGGUUUUUCAGGAACGCAGUUCCCAGGAUGUAG